AUGUAUGUAAAGAAGAUGAGGCUUAAGAAUGUCCAGAGCUUCAAGUCUGAAACAGAAUUGGAUUUUUGUGAAGAUGUGAAUGUGAUUAUUGGAAAGAACGGAAGUGGAAAGAGCAGUAUUGUGUCUGCCAUUCGAUUUGUGAUUUGUGCGGAUAAUGGAAGUGUGGAGCAGAAUUCAGAUUUUAUUCAUGAGGGAAAUGCUGUUAGUGAGGAGGAAGCUGAAGUUGAGAUCGUUUUUUGUGAGUCUAUGGGAGAAGAAGCUAUGGAGCGGGAGAUUAGUGUCCGAAGAACAAUAGGGAUGAAGAAAGAAGAGUAUUGUGUUAAUGGAAAGGUUGUUGGCAGAGAAGAAUUUGUUGGAUUUUUGCAUGAGAAUGGAAUUCUUACUGGCUCAAGUACGUAUUUUAUUGUUGCACAGGGAGAGGUUGCAGCACUUGCUACUUUGGGAGAUGAAGGCAGGUAUAAAUUGCUGAAGAAUGUUUGCGGAGUGGCUUGCUAUGAAAGGGAUAGAGAGGCGAGUGUGCGUGAGCUUGAGGAUACAAAGCAAAAUGAAGCAAAGAUAAAGCUGAUGGUAUGCAGGAUUGACGAAAAGCUCCGAGGCCUUGAGAAUGACAAAAAGGAAAUAGAGCUGUGCAAUACGCUAGAGAAUGAGAGAAGAAGGCUAGAAUAUGGAUACAUUGAGAGAGAAAUACGAGAGAUCAAUGAAGAGGUUUUACGAGUGGAAAGUUUGAUAGCGAAUGAAUAUAGAGAGUGCUCUGAUGAUGAAAAUGACUAUGGCAUUGAAGUCAAGGCGAUUGAAGAUAAGAUAAAGAUUCUUGCUGAUACAAGAAAGGGGCUGAGUAUAGACCACAGGUAUAAAGGGAAGGCGACGGAAAUUGAGAAUGGAAUAUUUAAUGUUGAAGAAAAGCGAAAUAAGUUGAAAGAGAGGCAUGCAGCAGAAGAAGAGCAGCUUUUGAAGUUUAAAGAGGAAGAAGCACAAAAUUUUACACGAUCUGUAUGUGCCAAACAUCUUAUAGGAUUUUUAGGUACACUAAUGAAUAAGAAGAUAAGCCUUGAGGAUGUAGAGGCAGCAAAAGGUAUGCUGUAUAUCAAAGUAAAUGAAACAAAAAAAUGCAGAGAAGAAGGAGCUUCGAAUAGAAAUGUGGUGGAGAGAAAGCAAGCUCUCGAAAAAAUGGUUGAGAGGAGAAAGUAUCUUUGGAGAGAGGAGAAAAAGCUAGAGCUAGCAAAGAAGUCUAUUGAUGAGAUGGUGAAACUGCAUGAAAGUAAGCUUUUUCAGAUGGUUGAUGCUAGAGUGGAUGUAUAUGAAAGUAUAAGGGAUGUGAAUGGAGUUCUUGGGUAUGUUUAUGAUUUAGUAAGUAUACCAGAUGAGCUUUUGGAUGCAUUUGAAGCAGUAGCAGGAAAUUCGCUGUUCAAUGUUGUUGUUAAGGAUGAAGAAGUUGCAUCGAGAUUAUUGAAAAAGAUUGAGGGGAUGAAGUUUAGAAUGACGUUUAUGCCAUUGAACAGGAUAGAGUUUAAGGAUGAGAAUGAGAUAAAGGAUCCAAUGGUUAUUUCCUUGGCAUCGAAGAUAAAGUGUGAGCCAAGAUACAAGGCGCUGUUCAGGCAUAUAACACGUGAUGCGUAUUUUUGCUCUGAUUUGAAGCAAGGAGUCUAUGUUUCGAAGAAGCACAAGAUCAAUGUUGUUACUAUUUCUGGAGAUGUGAUUAGUAAGGAUGGGCCUAUUAGUGGAGGGUAUGAGAAGAAGAAUGGGGCGCUUCGGGAGUAUAAGAGGAUCAGUAAGGAAGUUAAGAAGCAUGAGGAUGAAUAUAGCAAGAUACAGCAAGAGAUUAAAAAGAUUGGAAGGGAGAUUGAUGAGGCAAAGCUUGUGAUUGAUUGUGGAGAUGCUGAAAAUAGAUCGAGUGAGGUUUUGAAUGGCACAGUAGAGUUUCUUAAUGAGAAAGUGAAGGUAUUGACGAAGAUGGUAGAUAUGAGCUGCGAUGAUUCUAGAAUGGAGAUAUGCAGGCGACUUGAAAGGCUGAAAGUUGAUGAAAGAGAGAUAUUGAUGAAGAGUAACUGGUUUAUGGUUGAGAUUGGAAAGAUGGAGGCAAGGCUCAGGGAAACAGAAGCCGAAAUGAGGAGGAUGAAUGAAACUAUGAAGAGGCUUGAGGAGAAUCUUAGUAAAUCGAAGAUGCAUGAUGAAGCACUAAGGAUUGAUAGUAGAAUUGCAGAAUUGCGAGAAAGAGAAAGGAUUAUAAGGGAGAAGAUGUUCGAUCAGGAGAAUGAAGAUAUGGAUGUUGAUGCAAAAAGAGUGAAUGUGGAAACAGAGGUGCUUAUGAGGAAGAAGCAUGUGCUGAUAGGAAAGAGGAAUGAGCUGUGCAUGAAGAUAGGUGCAUCGGAUUUCAGAAACCUUGAGUGUUUGUAUCCUGAGAAGAGUAAAGAAGAAUUUGUGAGUGAGAUAUUGCGGAUAAAUGAAAGGAUUCGAGGAUUUUGUAUGAUUAGCAAAAAAAGUGUGGCACAAUGGGAAGAUUAUAGCAAUCAACGAGAUACAAUUAAGAAGAAGCUUGAAGAGCUUAGUUAUGAUCGAGAAAAGAUUUUUGAGCUUAUAUGCGAGCUUGACAUGAAGAAGGAAAAGACUAUGAAGCUUGCGGUGUCAGAAGUAAAGCAUGUGUUUUCUGAGAUAUAUUCAAGACUUACUGAUGGGAAGAAGGGCGAGCUUGUUGAGACGGAAGAAGGGCUAGGAGUUAAGAUUGAUCGGGCGAUGGAUGAUGUUAACUUGCUAAGCGGUGGGCAGAAGGCAGUUAUAGCGCUAUGCCUGAUGUUUAGCAUGCAAAAAGUAUACAAAUCACCGUUUUAUGUAUUUGAUGAGAUUGACGCUAAUUUAGACUCACAGAUACGCGAGAAAGUAUGCAUGAUGAUAAAAGAGAUGAAUGAAUGGCAUAAAUGCCAGUUUAUUAUGGCUAGUUUUAGGAAAGAGGCUCUUAUAUGUGGAGACAAAUACUUUAGUGUAGAGUUUAAAGAAAAGAAAAGUAGUGUAGCGCAAGUAUCUAGAGAGUUAGCGUAUGAGUUCUUAAAUGAUAGUCCAGAUGGGAAUUAG